AUGAAGGGUGGUAAGACCAGACAGCGGCGCCAGGGAGCCAAAGUCUCGGACAAACACGGCAUUCAGAACGGUUUGGGCGAGACGGGUGGUGCCCCGGAAAGGGGUACAGGUGGGAACGGCGAUGCCCUUAGCAAGAGUCCCGACGUUACCUGGCACCGGCGGCAGGACGUGUUAGUGUGGGCGGGCGGGAUGGUCUUCAUCGCUGCGCUCAUGGUCCUCGUCAACGCGCUGGGGAAGUACAGUAUCGGGCUAGAUUUGGGAACGGGCAGACUUGUUUGUUUUUUUUCCAGGGGCUGGAACGCGCCGAAUGGAUUCUUCUAUGACGAGGCCAACACGACCCGAGAGAGGUUCCUUCCCGAACCGUUUGUUCAGGAGCCGGGGGUGAAGGGGAGGUACGGGGUGGAACCUGUGAUACGCUGGUACUUUUGGAAGCUCCGCCCAGAACUGGUGACUCCAUGGACGCGUCUGUUUGUGUGGGCCUGUUACACCGUCCAUCAGCUGCUGGCCUGGUGGCUCCUGUACCUGGCACAGGUGAACAAACAGUCACAGAAGGGAAAGAAGUACUCCACACAGCUGAGUAAGUACAACUGGGCAGCUGUGGCCGUGCACACCUUCUUCCACAUGCUGCACCUGGCGCAAACUCACCUGACGUACGACGCUACCGCACAGGACGUGUCCAUAUUCAGCUCACAGGGCUCUGUUAUUGUGGCCCUCCUGUUGAUGAUGGUGGUCGAGUUUCAGGACAGAGGAGUGCUCUUUGGCUGGCCCUCCGGCAGCAGUACAGGUACAUGCUAUAUCUUCUUCUUCUUAUGUGCUUAA